CACGGAGCGCAUGAAGGAGAGACCAACAGAGGAGGAUCGACCCGCAGCCAGUCCACCCGCUCAGAGACACACCGGGAAAAGCAGACUCACUUCAGGGUGACUUACCGUCCGGACCGGACCCGGCAGCGCAUGCGACGCACGCGCAGCGCACGCUUUUGUUUUGGCGCGUCCUUGAAGAAAUUUAAGUUGAAAGCGCGACAGAAAGAGAGAGAGACCUGACGGCAAACAGAUCUCACACUGACGAACCACAAACUGGGAGGUUUAUGGACCUUCACCGCCCCUUCAAGAUGGACAGCCCCUCCUAUCUGCCAGCUCCGCUCGCCUCUCCUGCCCUGAUGGUUCUCGCCUCCACUGCUGAGGCCGGGCGAGAUGCCUCCGUCCCCUGCCAGGCGCCCAGGCCCUUCGGUGUCCCUGUCUCUGUGGAGAAGGACCUCCACCUUCCUUUCCCUUCAGCAUCCUACACCUUCACCUCCAUGUAUCAGCGCCAGGGUCCCAUGUCAGGAACCUUCUCCUCCCGAGACUUCCCAGCAUCCCUGCUCCACCUGCACCCCCAGUUCACCCCACCAAACCUGGACUGCUCCACCCUGGGCAUGCUGAACCACAGUGGGGUCGGGGCCUUCCGACCUUUCUCCUCCCCGCAAGAGGAGAGGGAGUCUGGGGCGUACCAGUCCGCUUUCACCCCCGCCAAGAGACUGAAAAGCUGCUUCCCAGAGGUGGAGGGGAAGGAGUUUGGCUUUGGCUCCCGGGAUGCUCUGAAAGCUGCAGAGGAGUCAGGGAGGAAGCUGUUCUCCGGUCUGCUGUCUGAUGGAGAGGCUUCACUAAGUCCAGAGGAGCUCAAAGAUCACAGAAAAGUAAAACACCUGUAUGACGCUCAGGCCCCGGUGUGUCCCGUCUGUCACACCAUUCUACGACCAGCAGAGCUGCAGGAACACAUGGAGCAGGAGUUAGACAAACUUUCCCAACUACACAUCAGCAGCACCACUCCAGCGCACCACGACCAUCUCAUAAGGACACCGAAGUCUGUCACGCUGUCUCUGCAGCAUAUCAAGCGUGAAGGAGGAUCUCCCACCUCACCCCCUCGAACGGCUGAGGAUGCCCACUCGGACCGAUACCAGACAUUUCUCCGUGUGAGGGCCAACAGACACACACGACUUAACGUCGAUGACCUCUGCUGGUGCAGGUGCUACGUCAAAUCUGCCCCAUUACGCCCCCACAGCGCAGGAGCCCACCUAGACUGCACACAAGCUGUCAGGAUUGGCAAGCUGAAGAGAACCAAACCAGAGGAGGGACAGGAGGGUUCUGUGGACUUGGUGCGACUGGAGGAUGAGUGGAAUGAGCGACGAAGGAUCCAGAUGUCAUCUCUACUUGGGGGCUUCAAAGGUGCCGUGCUGGUGAGCACGACUUCUAAGGAGUGUCGGGACAGCGAUGCUGAUCUGGACGUGGAUGGAGAUGAUACCCUGGAGUACGGCAGAGCACAAUACACAGAGACAGAUGUGAUCCCCUGCUCAAGUGAAAGCUCAAAGGAGACAGCAGUGAACAGCAGCAGUAUAUUUCCUGACUGCAGAGCAAACCCAGAAUUUCCCAAAUGGGCAAAUGAAGGGAGUCCAUCGACCAGUGGGGGAGAAAAAAAUGACGGCAACACAGCUGGUGUCACCAAAACCUGCAAAAACACAGAGAUAGAGAUGCUCUCAGAGGAUUCCACGCUGACAACUCUGGAUGCGCUUAAAGCUCGGAUACGAGAUUUGGAGAAACAGUUGUCUAAAGGAGACAGAUUUAAAUGCCUCAUCUGCAUGGACACCUACACGACCCCGCUCACCUCUAUUCAGUGCUGGCAUGUUCACUGUGAGGAGUGUUGGCUCCGAACGCUGGGAGCAAAGAAGUUAUGUCCUCAGUGCAACACCAUCACCUCACCUGGGGACCUGAGGCGGGUCUAUCUGUGACACACCCACUCAUGAGGAGAGGGGCGGAGCUUCUUUAGGGUGGACUUGUGGGCAGCUGGCCUGUCAUCGAACCCCGUCCUCCUCUUCCUCGUCCUCCCAGCAUCCUCUGACUGCCAACAGUUAGAAAACGGCCAAGUCUCCUCUGUACAAAAUUUACCUUCUGGCUGCAAACAGGUUGGGAGAAAAUGUCUGAAACAUAAUCGAGAGCUCAGGCACUGAAAGUGGAAACUUGCUUUGGGACAGUAUUUAUCAAUUUUUCUAACCCCUUUGUCAGUUUUAUGGGGGGAAAAAGUGCACCACAUAGAAAGGACAUGUACAUAGUUUUUUGUGUAUGUUUGUACGGCUGUGUGUGUAUAUGAUGUUGAGUAGCUGACUGUAUUUUCUGUACAAAGUUUGUCUUUGCUUACAUCAUUUAUUAUUUGUUUUAAUUCCUGUAGUUUUGAAGCAUUUACAAAAAUAUUACAACAUCCUGGCUCCUUUUGUCCGUCACUAAUGUGUUUCUUUGUAUAAAAUCUAAUUUUAUCAAUGUUACUACAAUAAAACUGGGCUCUAAAAAGCU